AGCUCGGAACUCACAAAAGGACAUGGUUUUGUUCAUGUUGUCGGAAUCUAAAAAAGGUGCUACAACUUGGGAAGAUAUUACAAAGAAACAUGAGAUUGUACAAUGGGUAAGUUGUUGUUAUUGUUAUUCUCUCAGUUUUAUGAAAAAGAAAAAGAAGAAAACUUUGGGUUUUGUUGAUAUUUUGUUGUCUCUGUAACUUGUACUCGUCAGACUCGGAAUCCAAGCAGACCAGCGCAAUAAAAGAGUAAAGCUUUUGUUUGUUGUUUUUAGUCUCUCAGGUAAAGAAUUUACAUGUAAUCAUUGGCUCCAGAGCUACCAGAUCCAACUCCAACAGUUCUCUUGCUCAUGUUAGCUCUCUGCACCAA